CGGCAUUCGGAUCAUUAGACAAGUGUCAAGUGGCGCGUGCGCAGUAGCCAGAUCCAGUAAACAGUUCCAGACCACACACCCACAGGCGUCCACAACAUGAAGUGCUUUUUCGUUCUGGUAGUUGCCAGCCUGGUGCUGAGCGUCUGGGCCGAUGACACGGCGGCGGUAGAGCCGGCUGCAGAAGGACCUCUAGCCGAGGAUCAGGUGAGCGCGGCCAGCAGCUAUGCCCCGCUGCAGGAGAAGAAGCAGGAGAAGCGCUAUGUUGGUGGUUACGGUGGCUACGGUGGCUACGGCGGCUAUUCUGGCUAUGGCGGAGGGUACGGAAGUCCCCUGGGAGCGGGCUAUGGUGGAGCCUAUGGAGCGGCUGGCUAUGGCAGUGGCGUGGGCGUUGGCGCCGGACUGGGCGUGGACAGCUACUACAAUCCGUACAGCUCCCGGUCGCUGGGUGGCCUAGGUGAGGAUGGCUCUGCAGUUGCGGGAUACGGGGGCUACGGCUCCGCGCUGGGCGGCUAUGGAUCUGCUUUAGGCGGCUACGGUUCCAGCCUGGGAGGCUACGGUUCAAGCCUGGGCGGCUACGGUUCCAGUCUGGGUGGCUACGGCUCCAGCUUGGGCGGCGUCGGCGGCUACGGCUCCUACAGCUCGAAUCCCUAUGCGUUGUCGUCGUACUACAAUGGGCGCCUGGGCAGCGGUAUCGGCACCGGCACUGGCUAUCCCUACUACAACACCCGCUUCGGAGCCGGCGGCUAUCCCUCCAGCUACUACACUAGCAACUACGGCAACAGCGUAGUGGGCGGUGGCCUGGGCGCCCUGGCCGGUGGGGUGCCGCCCAUCGGUUCCGGCUACAACUAUGGAGCGGGAAUCUCAGGCACCGUCUACUAGGAUGGUAUAUCCCCGGCAUCCGACAUCCAUCCGUUCAUCCUCGCCCAACCCAACGUUCGACAUCUAAGCUUAGUGGAAUUUACUUCUCUUUUUUUUUGUCUUCAACUUUUUUUCUAACUUAAUUUUUAUUUAAAAAAAAAUGCAUAAAAAACAUAA